AUGUCAACGCCAGAAGGUUCCGGGGUUGAAAAGAAGAAAGGUGUGCCGCAACUCGAAAGUCAAAAAGAGCCGCAAGUUUUGCCGCUGGUAUCUGGCAACAACGAGACACCGCGCCGAAAGAGGGGACGUCCUCCAGUAUGUUUUUUCGAUCUCAGUUCAUGAAAAAAAUCUAUCAACUAAAAUAACGCUGAGUACUGCCGUUUAGAGUCAUCUUCUGAAAAAGCUAAAAAAGGGCAGUGAGUUCUCAAAGCAACUGUGCUAUAUACACCUUACGGCUUUUUUUUAAAAAAUAAAGUGGAGAAAUGAUACUAUUCUUUGUAGGAAACGCCAGAGCCAGGAAAAGUCGAAACCAUGAGAGACCUUCAGCGACUUUUAAAACGAGACCUGGCUCUCCGGAGCAGCUGGGAGCUGCAGCACAUUGAAGAUCAAAGACGAUUCGCGCAGCAUCUCGCCGACCUCCAGACUGUAUGUCUUUUCCUUGGAUCUCACAAAUGACUGCAGUGGAGAGUUUUUUUUUAAUGUCGGAAUGUUAAUGGUUCCCGUUUCAAAAACUCUCCUUAACUUUCCAGUGAAUCCAAGUUAUUUUUUUUUCAAUUUUUCAGAGUCAACCCUUGCGUAUCGAAAUACGAGUUGGGCACCAAAAUGAAGGAAUCGUUCGGGAAAAUCUUCCGAAUCCGGUGCACGCAGAACGCCCUGGUCAUUCCAAGGGCGUACGUCUCAAUUUCCUUCCUAAAAAUGAUUUUUUUUCCAAGCAUACUAGGAGCUUCAAAUUGAUUAGUUUUAAGAGUUUUUUACCUGACAAUAAAAACAGCUUAAUGUUGAAAAAGGGUUAAAAAUUGCACUAUAAACAUUCCUUGAGACGCCGAAAAAAAAUUAAAGAUUUAUUUCAAGGAGAAGAUCGAAGAAAACGAACAAGACCAUCACAAAAGCAAAGGAAAUGGAGAAGAUCAACAGCAACCGGCCAAUGCACCCUGA